AUGCAACAACGUAUUCAUCAUGAGGAAGACACCAUUUCUGUAGGCUCCUCGUCCUUAUCAUCCACACCCACUGAGAGGACUCCCUUGAUUUCUAGGCUGCCUGAUGAUUUCGAAAAAGGCCAUGCUAGUUUAGGCUGUGAAUUUCGUUGGCUAGUAAAGAACGCUCUUCCAGUUGUCUUUACAUUUUUACUGCAGAAUUCGUUGCAAAUGGCCUCUAUUUUCACACUUGGACAUUUGGGUCCGACAGAACUAGCUGCCGCAGCCCUUGCUAGUAUGUUCGCCAGUGUGUCUGCGUGGAGUAUUGCGUUUGGCACAGCAACAGCAUUGGAUACCCUCUGCUCGCAAGCGUGGACAGGAGCCAAGGAUAAGACUUUAGUCGGUAUUCACCUUCAACGUGCUCUUUGUAUUUUAGGACUUAUGUUUAUACCCAUUGCUGUCGUAUGGUGGAAUUGUACUGCCUUGUUACUGAAGCUCCAUCAGGAGCCUGAGUUAGCACGAUUAGCCGGCCUUUUCUUACGUUGUUUGAUGCUCGGUGCACCUGCUUUCAUUGCUUUUGAAGCCACCAAAAAGUUCUUACAAGCACAAGGCAUUAUGCAAGCCUCCACCUAUGUUCUCAUGAUUGUAUCACCUUUGAAUCUCAUAUUGAAUUAUACCUUUGUCUAUCUCCCUCCAUUCAAAUUGGGCUUUAUGGGUGCUCCUCUCGCAACAAGUUGUAGUUAUUGGCUUAUGCUCACACUUUUGAUUUGUUACAUCAAAUUUGUGGACGGCAAGGCUGCGUGGGGCGGUUGGUCACGGGAAUGUUUGACAGGAUGGGUGUCGUUUUUGAAAUUAUCGGUUCCGUCUCUUUUAAUGAUCACGGCCGAAUGGUGGGCAUUUGAACUUUCAUCGUUAGCAGCCAGCUAUUUAAGUACGAAUGACCUUGCUGCUCAAUCCAUUGUUCUCACGACAGCCUCUGCUACAUACACCAUUCCUUUUGGUAUUUCUGUCGCUGCGUCUAAUCGUAUUGGUAAUGCUUUGGGUGAAAGUAAUGCUCGAAAGGCUCGUCUGGCAUCCAUUGUAGCCAUUUUAUUUGCUGUUUUCUUUGGUACGAUGAACUCUACCUUCUUUAUGGCUACCCGAGCCAAGUUUGGCUUCCUGUUCACCUCCGAUACAGAUGUUGUAAGAAUCGUUUCUCGAAUUAUGCCUCUCUGCGCUCUGUUCCAAGUUGCAGACGGAUUAGCCGGUGUUUGUGGUGGUAUUAUCCGUGGAUUAGGACGUCAGGAGUUCGCUGCCUAUUUGAAUAUUCUCGCUUAUUACAUAGUAGCACUCCCCUUGGGCUAUUAUUUGACAUUUGUUCGUGACUGGGAUUUGAAUGGCUUAUGGAUUGGUCUAACGCUUGCUUUGUUCUUGGUAGCUAGCGGAUCUUUGGCCUUUUUAGGAUUCAUCAAUUGGGACAACGAAGUAAAGAAGGCGCUUAACCGAAUUCAGGCAGAUGAAGCCAAGAUCCAUGAGGAUACUCAAGGUGCUCCAUUCUAA